AUGCCAUCCGUCAAGUCUUUUGAAGUGUCAGAGCCGCUAGACACCAGUCUUAAGGGGUUUGCCUUGGCAAACCCGCAAUUGACUUUUGUGGAACAAGAAAGAGUGUUCGUUCGGAAGACGGAUGCGACCAAAAUAGCAUUGGUGUCCGGUGGUGGGUGUGGCCACGAACCCACGCAUGCUGGUUUCGUCGGAGAGGGUAUGCUAGGAGGUGCAGUAUGUGGUGAUAUUUUUGCUAGUCCAUCGACUAAGCAGAUUCUGAACGGAAUUAAGCUGCUUUCCAAACAGUCCAGCGGGGUUUUGCUGGUUGUGAAAAAUUACACAGGUGACGUCCUGCAUUUUGGUUUGGCUGCAGAACGUGCCAGGGCGCUGGGCAUCAAUUGUAAGGUUGCGGUUGUUGGCGACGAUGUCGCCGUGGGAAGAGCCAAGGGCGGAUUUGUGGGCCGCAGAGCAUUGGCCGGAACUGUUCUAGUGCACAAGAUCACAGGUGCAUUUGCGGACGCGUUUUCGGACAAGCACGGUCUCGAUGGAACUGCCCGCGUGGCAGACAUUGUAACUAGCAACCUGGUCACGAUAGGUGCCUCUUUGGAUCAUUGUAAGGUUCCUGGCCGUAAAUUUGAAACUGAACUCAACGAAAACAAAAUGGAGCUCGGGAUGGGUGUUCACAACGAGCCAGGCGUGAAAGUGUUAGAACCGGUUCCUAGCACGGACGAACUGAUCGAAAAAGACAUGCUUCCAAAGCUUUUGGACCCCAAGGACAAGGAUAGACAUUUUGUGGAAUUCGCGAAAGAUGAUAACGUUGUUCUUCUAAUCAACAACUUAGGCGGUGUUUCUAACUUUGUUAUCUCUGCCGUCGCUGCCAAGACCACUGAGGUGCUUAAAAAGACUUACAACAUCACUCCAGUGCAAACCAUCACAGGUACUUUGAUGACUUCCUUUGACAUGGAUGGGUUCAGCAUCACUUUAUUGAACGCCUCGCGUGCUUCGAAGCAACUGCACCAAGAAUUUUCUGAGGUGGACUGUGUGUUAAGUCUAUUGAGAGCGCCAACUGAUGCCCCAGGUUGGCCCAAUAUUUCCCACGACGACGCCAAAUCGCCAGAAAUUGACGAAUCUCUUUUGAAGGAGGAUAUUAAGGUCAAACCUGCUGGGAAAUUUGAUUUCGAUCAUUUUGCCAAGAUGAUGAAAUCUGGUGCCGAUCAGCUAAUCAAAAGUGAACCACACAUUACCAAGUUGGACUCACAAGUUGGAGACGGUGAUUGCGGCUAUACUUUAGUUGCUGGUGCGAAGGGUAUCACUGAUAAUCUGGCUGGUCUGGAUAAAACCUAUUUGUCUCAAGCUUUGGCGCAAAUCUCUGAUCACAUCGAAAGCUCAAUGGGUGGUACCUCGGGCGGUCUAUACUCAAUUAUGAUAUCCGGCCUAUCACAUGGUCUAAUCCAGACUUGUAAGGACAAGGACGACCAAGUGGAUGCAAAAAUUCUUUCAAAGGCUUUUGAAAUUGCGUUAGAAACUCUCUAUAAGUACACGAGAGCCAGACCAGGCGACUCUACGCUUGUAGAUGCUUUGGAGCCUUUUGUCAAGGAGUUUUCUGCGUCAAACGACUUUGCGAAGGCCAUCGAGGCUGCCGACAAAGGUGCUACAUCUACUGGUUCGAUCGAGGCUAAAUUUGGCAGAGCAUCCUACGUCAGUGACUCCAGCGAAAUCCCUGAUCCAGGUGCACUCGGGUUUGUCGAGUUCCUCAAAGGAGUCCAGAAUGGCUACUAA